AUGUUUUUUGUUUAGGUGGGUGUGGACUGAUUAAUCAUAAUACUAUUAUUACCCAGGGACUAGCACCCAGGUAGGCACACACACACACACACACCUAUUAGAAAAACAAUACAAACAUUAUGUCGACUACCCAAUCACCUGAACCACCCGAUGAUGAUGAUAGCACUGGUAACUAUGGUGGUGGUGGUGGUAGUAGUAGUAGUAGUUCAGAGGUUAGACAGAUAUUGAUGGGCAUUGUCGACCAAGUUGUCGACACCAACAACAACAAUCCUCGGGAGCAGCAGAUCAAUGCAAACAAUACUAAUAGGUAUAUCAUCAAUGAUGACAAGCAUAUACUAUUGGAUGGCACUGUUAGUAGUAGUAGUAGUAGUAGUAGUAGUAGUCGUGGACCCAUACCUAGAAAUAGUAGGCGAAAAACAAUUGAAACGGACAGCUGGUAUACUAAUAGACCCGUACUAUCAUCACCAACACCAGCACCGGCAGCAGCAGCUCCGGUACCAGUAGUACCUGAAAAUAGUAAGUCAACGGCGGCUAAUAAAGUUGUUUUAGACGAUCAUCAGUACCUCAACGAUCAUAGGCCUGACCUGAAUGCCACUGUCGUACGUCGACCCCGGGCUAGGAAUAGGACAAAAACAAUUGAAACAACGGAUAGGUAUAUACCACCGGCACCGGUACUUGACAGGAGUAAGUCGACCAAUCAAUUGCCUAAUCAAUUGUCUACUGAUUUCUAUGGCCAACUGCAGACUAAAACUACUGGACAGCAGCACUUCCUACUGAAUCAGCUCCGACUGUUAGCACCUCCUCCCAGACCAACACAACAACAAGCAUUUAUGACCGGUCCCGGGCCACACUUGUUUAUGAGCGGACUGGACGGCUAUCACGGAACGGGACCCCGCGGUAGUCAAGUAAAAGGUGAGCUAUUCCAACACAACUAUCCUAUUGACACUAUUGAAUCAGCCCUAACGGACAAUGACUAUCAGCAACUGUGCCAGGAGUUGGCUUAUUAUGGUUUUCAUUUAGAUAGCCAACAUAAUGUGAUUGGUCAGGGACAUUUUGGAAAGGUAGUUAGUGGUACUUAUGGACCAAAUAUCAAAAACAAUUUGAUGGCCAUUGAGGCCGAGUAUCUCAAUGUUGACGACAACCUCGACGGUGUACAAGAGGGCCAACGUUUUGCCGCCAAAUACAUACACUUUACACAGUCUAGUAGCCUAUUUAAUCGUUGCCGACUCAACAUGGAGAAGCUAGUAAUGAAACAAAUCGGUCGACACCCCAAUUGUGUAACCUAUAGGAUGGCCAUCAAUUUAGGCCAUCGGGAAUUGAUUGCAUACCGGGGCUCGCGGUUCUAUAGCUAUGAACAUACAUUGUUGAUUAUGGACUGGGCCGACCAUGGUGAUUUAGAUAGGUUUAUAGUCAAUGGUCAGUAUACAGUAGGCUUAUGUAUACAGUUUAUGCGUGACUUGUUAGCCGGGCUCCGGUAUCUGCAUGGCCUACGUAUUACACACAACGAUAUACAUGCGGGUAAUGUAUUGAUUUUUACUACAACAACACCACCACCAACAACAACUACAGGGAUAUCAACCAUCAACUAUGUGGUGGCCAAAUGGGCUGAUUUUGGACUGGCACAGAUACAUAAGCUGGCCAAAAAUCAAUACCUAAGCGAUAGGCUAAUUAGUGAUUGGCUGACUGAUGAUUUGAAACGUUUGUCCAAAUUGUUUCUGGAUACAAUGAUACCCCCAUUGGCCCCACCCCAUUAUCCACUGGGACAGCCUGGACAUCUCCUACCUGAGCUAGUUGAAUGGACCCGGUUGGCUAAUGAUUUGCUAAGCGCUAGCAAUAUCAAUGUAAUCUAUCAGAGAUAUCCCUAUUUAAUUGGAUAGUAGACAUGUCUCGUACUAUCCCCGUCCC